AUGAACACAUUCAUCCCUCCAUUGCAUCUCGCCCAGUUCCGUAUCAUUAACAAGAACUACUUCGACGCCUUACCUAUCGAUGCAUCACUGGAAGACUACGCUUUGACCAACCAAGAGCGGUCACAGUUAAUUUCAUGGACGCUGGACGAAGAUUCUGUAGACAAGGACACGUUACAUCCUCGCCUUGUCGGGCUUUUACCGGAGCUUUCAUUGAAAACUCGAUGCCAUGGUGUCGACCUACUGCUACAUCGAGGACGACCAGUCGCUACUCGCGAGGAGCUGGCCUCCAUCAUCAUCUCUACCCAUGCUGAAAAGCACUCCAAUGGCGCUUCCAACUACUACAUUAUCGACAAACGCUUCUCCUGUAUUCCUGCUUCCCUCGUUCUUGCCUGGGCGAUGAGCUGUCCGGAUUGUACCAAGGAGAAUACAUGCCAGAUACGAACACUAAAGGAUCCUAUCAGCGUCUCGACAGUUUUCCCGCCACGUUCGAAAUCCGAGAUGGUCAAGAAAUCGCUCCCACUUCACUCUUCCACUAAUGAUGGAUAUGAGAAACUGACGUCGCGACCUGGACAGUCCAAAGUGAUCCUAUCUCUCUGCGGUUUGCCUACUAUGAGCAAGACCUGCCCAGAAGUGUUCAAUGACAUCCUGGCGCUCGGUGCCGCCCCUCAGAGGUCCUUUUCGAACGGACAGGCACUUUCCAUUACUGCAGAGGAUAUCGAGGCGGCAGAGAUUCUGGUGCAGAUGUCGAGACUAAAAAACAAAGCCGUUUGCUCAUCAGCGUGA